UUAUAUUGUUGCACGCGCAUGCUAUUUUCUGUUGGGGUGAAUUGGAGGAGUGAAACAUUCAGCGGGAUUAAUGGGGGUCUGUAGCUAAUUGUUAGUUAAUGUAGCGCCUGUAUUGAAGAAGGAGACCUUUGUAACUUUAUUUUGGAGGAACAUGGUUGACUGGAGUCCGAUAGCGAAGGUGUACGACCCGCUGAAAGCUGGCAGCAUCGACGGCACAGACGUGGAGCCCCAUGACCGGGCGGUAUGGAGGGCUAUGGGUGCCCGCUACAAGCCCAACAAAGGCGUCGUGGGAGACCCGCUGCUCACCCUGUUUGUGUCCCGUCUGAACCCCCAGACUACAGAGGACAAACUGCACCAAGUGUUCUCCAAGUACGGAGACAUCCAGCGGCUCCGGCUGGUCCGGGACAUCGUCACGGGCUUCUCCAAAGGAUACGCCUUCAUUGAAUACAAGGAGGAGCGGUCGGUUGUCCGGGCCCGCCGGGACGCCAACAAGCUGGUGGUGGAUCAGCACGAGCUGUUUGUGGAUUUUGAGCAAGAGAGGACCCUCAAAGGGUGGGUCCCCCGGCGGCUUGGUGGCGGGCAGGGGGGGAAGAAAGAGUCCGGACAGCUGCGGUUUGGUGGCAGAGACAGACCUUUCCGUAAACCCAUUAACCUCGCGGUCGGUCCGGUGCAUGAACGGGGAGGCGGUGGUGGAGGGAGGGAGUGGGAUAGACAAGGGGUGAGGGACAGGGAGGACCGGGACCGACACAGAGAGGCCGAGUGGGGCAGCAGCAGAGGGAGGAGAGAUGACUGGGACAGAGGCAGGGAGAGGGAUGACCGCAGACACGGAGACAGGAGCAGGCACCGGGACAGGAGAUGAAGCCCAUAUCUUUAACACCGGAGAUAAUCUCACCCCUUUUAAAGGUGAUCUGUGAUCCGUCUGUGACGGAUGAUUGAUCCACAGUCCAGCUGCCUGCCUCCAGUGGAGGAAGUUUAUGCCAAGUGUGCAGUGAAGAGGAGUGUCAGCUCACUUCAGUCAAAUUUGCACACAGGAGACUGGACUAAUAGACAGACUAAACAUUUCAGUCACAGAGCACAUUCUUAUGUUAUCAUUAAUUCGGGUCGGGUGUGGAAUCAGGGCUGCAACUAAUAUUGUUUUCAUUACCAGUUAAUCCUGAUUUUGUGUAGGAAAUGUCAGAAAAAAGUGAACAAUGUACAUCCCAGUUUCUCGAAGUCCAAGUUGAUCAAUUAUUUUUCUGAUCAUUGCAGCUCUGUGUGGACUGACAAGUUUUCUGGUUGAUACUCAUCCAGUUGCACUGUAUGGUAAUGGGAUGUCGAUCUGGAGCUGCCUUUUUCAGCUCUUGAGUAUUUCUCAGGGAAAUCUGACUGACAUGAAAACAUGCCUUUUGUAGUGUAAAUUCAGCGACAACA